AUGGAAGAAAGAAUUAUAAUGGCGGUGAGCACUCGCCCAGAGCUUUAUGCUGUAUCCAGCGCACAAUACAGGGACAGGAAUAAAAAGGACCUUGCUUGGAGGAGGAUAAGUGAAGAGAUCAGGUAUGAUGGUCCACAAAGGAAGAGAGCGAGGAAGCGCUGCACCCAGGACACCUCCGUCCAGGAGCCAACUCGCUUGGAGCUGGAGCUGGAAGCCUACCUGCAGCUCCAUGCUCUCAAAAUGAGCACUUCCUUUGCUCUCUGCGUCCUCUCCUGGAUAAGGGGAGGAAACUGA